AUGUUUUGGAAAUUGGCUCUACAAGAUUAUAUCAGGAAACCUCAAAGUUUUCAAGAAACCAUAUUUUGGGAUGAUAAAGUCGUCAUUAUUGGAGAUGCCUUCCCCAAGGCUCAAUUUCAUUUGUUAGUUUUACCCAGAGACCCUCAAUUGACCAAAAAGCAUCCGACUACAGCAUUUGACGGUAACGAAAAAUCACACUUACAACCGUAUGUGAUCAAAGCUCAGGAGUAUAUCUUCGAAAAGUUCACCGCCAAAUUCUCACCACUAAAUGGUAAUCCAUUCUUUGAACAUGAGCAAGAGUUCUUCGAUAGGGACACAUUUAUUCAAAGAUUUAUACAAGUGGGUAUUCAUAGUGCGCCCAGUAUGGAUAAUUUACAUGUCCAUGUAAUUACAAAAGAUUUCCAUUCACCAAAGUUAAAAAAUAAGAAGCACUACCUAUCAUUUAAUAGCGAUUUCUUUGUUCUUUGGUCUCAAUUACCACUUCCUCAAACACCCGACACGAAGCAACAAGAACAAUUACUGAAAAAUCAAGAUAUGGUAUGUACGUACUGCCAUGCCAACUUUAAGAAUCGUAUGCAACAUCUUAAGGAACAUUUGGAAAUUGAAUUCAAUAAGAAUUUUGCAGAACGCUUAUAA